UUUAGGUCUGUACUAGGUUUAGUUUAAGGUGCUGUUUUAAUGUUCAUCUGUGUUCUUUCAAAUCAAACUACUUCACAAAUUCAAUCCCCAUUUUGAAGCCUCUUAAAGCUCCAAAAUCUGUCUUCUUAUUAUCCUUCUGAGAAAUCUAUUUACUUUUCAUUUUCGUUUCCCAUUGUCUCAGUUAUUUCUGGCUUCAUCAAGAACAACCACACAAACUAAACAAAAAAAAUGUUAUCUUUGAAUAUUUUUCCAUCAUCAUCUUCUGUCACUUUCACAAAACCAAAUCACAAUUUUUCCAUUAAUGCAUCUCCAAUUCUCAAACCAAAUCUUCUCAUCAACAGGUCUCAUCAUGAAUCACAUCUCAAAAGUUCCAAACUUUCUGUCACACCCACAUCUCAGAUCCAAAAUUUAACCACAAAUUCAAGAUAUUUUAACAGAUUCUUACACCCUUUUGAGUUCUCAACAAAACCCAGAAACCAAAUUUUCAAAGCUGUAUCUGAUAGCAAUCCUGAAGGAGAAAGUUCAGCACCCAUUACUAGUCCCAAAAGCAUAAAUCUCAAACUUGCUUUAGUUUUUGGAUUUUGGUACUUUCAAAACAUUGUUUUCAACAUUUACAACAAGAAAGUUUUGAACUUUUUCCCUUUCCCAUGGCUUCUUGCAUCUUUUCAGCUCUUUGUUGGUUCCAUUUGGAUGCUUUCUCUUUGGUCUUUAAAGCUUCAACCUUUUCCAAAAAUCUCAAAAUCUUUCAUUCUUGCUCUACUUGGACCUGCUUUGUUUCACACAAUAGGUCACAUUUCAGCUUGUGUUUCAUUCUCAAAAGUUGCUGUUUCAUUCACACAUGUUAUCAAAUCUGCAGAACCAGUUUUUUCUGUCAUAUUCUCUUCUUUCCUUGGUGAUAAAUAUCCUAUAAAGGUUUGGCUUUCAAUUUUACCUAUUGUUCUUGGUUGUUCUUUGGCUGCUGUUACUGAAGUUUCUUUCAAUGUUCAAGGACUAUGGUGUGCUCUUAUUAGCAAUGUUGGUUUUGUAUUGAGAAACAUUUAUUCCAAAAGAAGUUUGCAAAAUUUCAAGGAAGUUAAUGGAUUGAACUUAUAUGGUGUGAUUACUAUACUUUCAUUGUUGUAUCUUUUUCCAGUAGCUAUAUUUGUAGAAGGGUCUCAAUGGAUUCCUGGGUAUUACAAAGCACUUGAAGCUAUUGGAAAACCUUCAACUUUGUAUAUUUGGGUUUUGGUUUCUGGUGUGUUUUAUCAUCUUUAUAACCAAUCAUCUUACCAAGCAUUGGAUGAAAUUAGUCCAUUAAGUUUCUCUGUUGGAAACACAAUGAAGAGAGUUGUGGUGAUUGUGUCUUCAGUUUUGGUGUUUAGAAAUCCGGUUCGACCGCUUAAUGGACUUGGAUCUGCCAUUGCCAUACUUGGGACUUUUCUUUAUUCACAAGCUACAGCUGCAAAGAAAGCACCGAAAAUUGAAGGUGAAAAGAGUAGUUAGAGCAAUAGAAGGGGGAAAAAAAUAGGGGAAAUGUUAGAAAGAAGAUGAAAACUGUUUUUGAUUAUUUGAGUUAUAGUUUUAGUCAUGUUUAGAUUUAGACAUUAAAUUAGAUCUUCCAUUCUGGUUUCUUUUGAACUAUUGCUGUGAUUUUUCUAGUAUUGAUGUUUCUAAGCAUUUUUUUUGGUUAUUUGGUUUAUUUUCAUGCA